CUUUUUGAUCAGUUCCCGGCAAGUAAACAUGGCGUCCUUUGAAGGAAGUGGUGUGACUACUGGUCAGCCAAACUUACAUAAACAGGAUUUAUCGAAAUUGGAUGUUACGAAACUUACACCACUGUCCCCUGAGGUUAUUAGUAGACAGGCUACGAUAAAUAUUGGCACAAUCGGUCAUGUAGCCCAUGGUAAAUCAACUGUAGUUAAAGCUAUUUCGGGAGUGCAAACUGUCAGAUUUAAAAAUGAACUCGAAAGAAAUAUUACCAUUAAAUUGGGUUACGCUAACGCAAAAAUCUACAAAUGCGACAACCUGAAGUGCCCCAGGCCUGCCUGUUACAUUUCGGGAAGUUCCUCGAAAGACGAUAACUUCCCCUGUCUACGUCCCGCCUGCACCGGACGCUUCCAAUUGGUCAGGCACGUGAGUUUCGUCGAUUGCCCCGGUCACGACAUCCUCAUGGCAACUAUGCUUAACGGCGCUGCCGUCAUGGACGCUGCUCUUUUGUUAAUCGCAGGAAACGAAUCGUGCCCUCAGCCGCAGACGAGCGAGCACUUGGCCGCCAUCGAGAUCAUGAAGCUGAAGCACAUAAUAAUCCUGCAAAACAAAAUCGACCUGGUGAAAGAAGGCCAGGCCAAGGAGCAGCACGAGCAGAUCGUGAAGUUCGUGCAGGGCACGGUGGCGGAGGGCGCGCCCAUCAUCCCCAUCUCGGCGCAGCUGAAGUACAACAUCGAGGUGCUCUGCGAGUACAUCACCAAGAUGAUCCCGAUCCCGCAGCGCGACUUCACGUCCGAGCCGCGCCUCAUCGUGAUCCGGUCGUUCGACGUGAACAAGCCCGGCUGCGAGGUGCACGACCUCAAAGGCGGCGUGGCCGGCGGCAGCAUCCUCAGGGGCGUGCUGAAGGUGGGGCAGGAGAUCGAGGUGCGCCCCGGACUGGUCAGCAAGGACUCGGAGGGCAAGCUGACGUGCAGGCCGAUCUUCUCGCGCAUCGUGUCGCUGUACACGGAGCAGAACGAGCUGCAGUUCGCCGUGCCCGGGGGGCUGAUCGGGGUCGGCACCAAGAUCGAGCCGACGUUGUGCAGGGCCGACAGGCUGGUCGGGCAGGUGCUCGGCGCGGUCGGCGCCCUGCCCAGCAUCUUCAUCGAACUCGAGGUGAGUUACUACCUCCUCAAGCGUCUGCUGGGCGUGCGCAUGGAGGGCGACAAGAAGGGCGCAAAAGUGCAACGCCUGACCAAAAACGAAGUUUUGCUGGUCAACAUCGGUUCCCUGAGCACGGGCGGCCGCGUGGUGGCCACCAAAGCCGAUUUGUGCAAAAUCGCCCUCACCAAUCCCGUGUGCACCGAGGUGGGCGAAAAGAUCGCUCUCAGUAGGCGUGUGGAGAAGCAUUGGCGUCUCAUUGGCUGGGGCCAAAUCCGCGGAGGGGAGACCAUCGAGCCCUCCAACAACUAACCGAAAAAGCGUUUUUAUUGUUGACCUAUUAACUUUUUAUUCGAGCUACACAUUACUUAUUAAUCGUUUAUAUUUUAUAUCGGACUUUUGUUUUAUGUUCUUAGGUUGAUAGUAGGUUUUUCAAAGAAUAAAUACGUAUAAUAAU